GUAAUAUACGAGAAUGGAGGAUUAGGACCAAAUGUUGUUAAAGAGUUUGCAACUUUAAGGUAUUUAGAUAUCAACGCAAUCUCUCCCUCAACUAACAUGUGAAGACUUGAUAAAUAUUUUCUUAUAAUUUUUUCAAUUGAGUGGAACUUAGGCUUUUGAAAUCAGCUCAAUAAAAUCAAUCAAGAGUUCAUUUAGAAAGGCAGGGAAGAUUCAAGAGAUGCUCUUUCCAAUUGGUAUUAGAAUUGACAUUCAAUCCAUUGUGAAUCCUAAUCCUUAAGAAUCAAGAAAGAUUAUUGUAAGUUUGCUUGCCAAAUUGAGUUAAUCGAAUAAAAAAGAAACUGGGGCUAAGCAUCUCACAUUCGAAGAGAGAUUAUAAGAGGAGAAGGCUACUUUUAGGACCAAUUAAAUAUAGAAUUUCUUUCAAGAAUGGGUUAACCCCUCCUUAUGUUCUUUUCCAGAAAUUGAGUAACGAUUCCUAAGAUUGCAUGUGCUCAAUAUUUUAAAGAAAGAGCCAUUAAUUAAGCAAGUAGCCAAUAAAGGAGUAAGAAAACAUUUAUAUCACUCAAUUGUUAGAGUUAUGGAUCAUCACUUAUAAAAGAAGGAUUUGGAUUAGCCCCUCUAAGAGAGAUUAUAAUUAAUUAAGAAAAUUAGGAGAUCUGAUGACCCUGACAGUGUUCUAGGGCAAUUUAAAGGGUAAUUCCAAGCUGAAGCUGAAAAGAAUGAUUGGGAAGAUAUCUAGAAAGGAAAUAGAUAAUUGAAGAGAGCAAUCAAAUUAUUAAAAGAAGAAGAUAAGGAAGAGGAGCAAGCAAGAAAAUAAAAGGAAGAUGAAAAUCAAGGUUUGUUCAAUCUAGAAAUACAAUUUUAAGAAGAGGUAAAAGAAAUCUAAUAAGAAAUUUAAGACACUUAAGAAGCAAAAUCGGAGAUUAGCGCUUUGCUUGAAGAUAUUUAGACUAAAUUGAUAGAACAAUAAAAGAUAUAUGACAAGUUAUAAAAAAGGAGAUAAAAAUUGGAAGAUGUAAAUUAGAAAUCUUAAGAUACUUAUUCACAAUUACAAUCUGAAAAUAAGGAUAAGUAAUAAGAAUUAGAAAGUGCACAUUCUAUUCUAUAAUAAAUUGAGUCAAAGAAAGGGAAUGAUCCAGAAAUUCAAUAACUUGAAUAAGAAAUUGAAAACAUCAGGAUCGAAUGGGAAAAAGAAAAAGUCUUAUAGUAAAAUGAAGCUGAUGAUUUGGCUCAAUAAGUUUAAGAUAGAAAAUUAAAAUUGGAAUAGAUCUAAGAUAAAAUGAGGAGAUUGUAAGAGGAGAACCAAAUGAUCAGAAAUCAGGGAAGAGUCAAUUUAGAAUACAAAGAGAAAUUAUUAGUUGAUCUUUAAAAUUAGCCCAAAGAAAUUGCAAGAAAUCAAUACAUUAAAAAAAUUGUGGAUUUGAAGAGUCAAUUGGAAAAACAAAAAGCAGAAUAUCUAAAAUAAGCCAAAGAAUUAUCUUAAUUAGAAGAUUCAUUAUAAUUUUAAGACAAUAUGAUCAAUAGGUAUUGCAUUGAGAUUGAGAAUCUCAUUAAUCAGGAUCCUAAGAAAUCAGAGACAGUGGUUAAAUAAAUUUAAAAAUAAUAUUCAGAUUAUAAAAUUGUUUAUAAGCAAUGUGCUGAAUCUAUGCGUAAUAUUGGAGAAAAGAGAAUUCAAAUAUAUGAUACAGAAUUAAAAAUGGAGGAUAUUUUACUUAAGGGAUACAAAAAGAAUGUAGAAAAACUAAGAUAAGAUUUAACAGAUAUUUAAGCGGAAAAUAAAAAUCUAGAAAAACAGAGAAGAUGA